GGAGGCGCAGAGCUCGGGAACGCGGCGGCCGCGGGGCAGCGGGACGUGCCCAGUGCGCGCGGCGGCUCCGCCUCCGCCUGACCCGGAUACAGACGGCGCUGCCUCCCGGCCGCGAGCGUGGAGCCGGCCCGGCGCCGCCGCAGCAGCAGCAGCAGCGGAGCGCCCCGGCCGUGCCAUGGGAUUGUGGUGACUGCCCGGCCCCGCCACCCGCCCGCCCCGCGGCCAUGGCCCCCAUGGGCAUCCGCCUCUCGCCGCUCGGCAUGGCCGUGUUCUGCCUGCUGGGGCUGGGCGUCCUCUACCACCUUUACUCCGGCUUCCUGGCCGGCCGCUUCGCCUUCUUCAUGCUGAGCGAGCCGGCGGCCGGCGGGCCCGAGACGCCCCACGGCUCUGCGCCCGGCGGCGCCGUGGACCUGCGGGAGCUGCUGGCCGUGUCCGUGCUGGCCGCCGUCAGGGGCGGGGAGGAGGUGAAGCGGGUCCGCGAGGGGAACGUCCUCAACGCCAAGGCGAAGGGGAAGACGCGGGAGGGGGCCGAGGAGCAGCUGACCACCGGCGACCUCCUCUCCAACCGCAGGAUGUUCUACCUGCUGAAGGGCGCCUUCCCCGCCGUGCAGAUAAAUUCUGAGGAGCGUGUUGAUACAGCUGAUCAGGAGACAGUCUCCUGGGAUCACAGUAUUCCUGAAGACAUAAAGCAAAAAAUACAGCCUAAAGAGGUGCCAGCAGAAAGUGUCACUGUCUGGAUCGAUCCGUUAGAUGCUACACAAGAGUACACAGAGGAUCUUCGACAGUAUGUCACGACAAUGGUUUGUGUGGCUGUAAAUGGUAAACCAGUAAUAGGUGUGAUCCACAAGCCCUUCUCAUCUUACACAGCUUGGGCAAUGGUGGAUGGUGGGUCAAACGUAAAAGCUCGUUCCUCCUACAACGAGAAGACUCCAAGGAUUAUUGUGUCCCGCUCCCAUGCAGGAAAAGUUGAGCAGGUUGCACGGCAGACAUUUGGAAAUAAAACUGUGAUAAUCCCCGCUGGUGGAGCAGGUUAUAAAGUGUUGGCCCUCCUUGACGUGCCUGAAAAGAAUCAAGAAGAAGCUGACGUGUAUAUCCAUGUCACCUACAUUAAGAAGUGGGACAUAUGUGCUGGAAAUGCAGUGUUGAGAGCAUUGGGUGGCCACAUGACUACCCUGACUGGUGAAGAAAUUAGUUACACUGGCUCAGAUGGCAACGAAGGAGGACUUAUAGCCAGUAUCAACAUGAACCAUAAAGCACUAAUUGAAAAACUUCCAGAUCUGGAAAAAACAUCAUAAGCAUGACUGGUGAAGAAGUACAAGUUGUGCUUUUGUAGCCUCCAGAUGCCUCUGUCUGAAGAAGCAGGUGUAAAAACCUGCUGGGAAAGAUGCACAGCAAAGCAAAGCAGUUUGGUGUGGGUUUGGGGACUAUAUCUUGCAUUGGGUUUUGUCAGUGGUGGUAUUUAAAAUGAAUAAAAUAAUAAUAAUUGGAAGUAGGAAGGGGACAAUGGUCUCACACAUCAGUUUCCAUGGGGUUUUUUUUCAGACUGUUUUCAUGCAGUUCUUAUACUCAAGGUGCAUUUGCCAUAUAUAUUGGUGAACAUAGGUGAACUAAAGAAAAAUCCAAAUUUUUUGUAAAAUAACCUAAGUAUUUCUCACAGGAAUUUCUUGAAACCUUUUACAUCUUACUGUAGUUUUAGUGAUUCCAUAAUAAAGUAGGUAGGAAAAAAAGCUUGAUUUUUAUAGGCAUCUGAUAACUGUAAACAGUUUAUCAGGAAUCAUGACCUCAUAUUUUGUAUCCCCUGAAUGGAAAGCACAAGAAGGUUGAUUCAAAUCUAUAUGCAGCAACAGUUUAUCUUUGACAGUGUGGCACUCUCUGCUUUUUAAGAGAAAAAAGGAAAUGUUUUUUGACUUCUUUCCUGAGGAUGUAAAGCAGUUUUAGUUCAGGUGGGUUGUGAAUAUCGGUGUUUUAUUAAUCUGUGUAAUUAUUUCCUUAUACCUUUUUAAAAGAAGGCAGCAUUUCCUUGUAUAGUUUUUAGCAGUUACUUCUUGUCCUUGAUUUCUGCAAGCAGUGUUGAAGAUGCAUGCUAGAUUUUUCUCUAAUGUAGGGCUUGUUCAUCAUGUGAUGUUUGUGCCUACAGAAGCAGCCUCUUCCUUCAGUAGCUGUUAUUUUGUUUGUUUGGGUUUUCUUUCCAUUGGACAGAGUCAUAGGGAAUGAGUUUUACAGAAAUUGUAGGUUGACUGGUUAUUUCCAUUUCCAACACAAGAUAUAAACCAGCACUUUUUCUACAACUCCAGGAAUAGCUUUGUCUUUUUACCUUGCAGCACACUCUUUCCUGCAGAAAGCUCUUUAGCCAUUCCACACAGCUUGUGCUUAUUUGGUUUGUGGUAAUUUACAGAGAGGGGAGAGACCAUUUGAACUUGAAUCUGCUUAAGCAAGUUUGAAGAACAUGUGGCACGUGAAGUACAGCAGGGUCUGCAAAACUUUAUUGAAAAAUGUUCUUUGCAAUCCAGUACAUACAGAACAGAACACAGGUCCUUUGAUAUCAAAAUGACAAUUUGUUGUACCUCUAAAAGUUACGGACUUCUGUCUCCAAACACAUAACCAUCUGCACUGUUGUUCUCUUCAUCCCCCUGAAAGGUUUCAGAAGGUUAAAAUAUGUGUGUUAUUUGAAUUAUCAGAAAAUAAGCUGUCCAUCUCUCCUCAAGAAUGCUACAAUUUUUAGUUAAGAUAGAUGGUUUCUGUUCAAAGUUUGUUCACUAAAGGCUUAGGCUGCUUGAUCCAAACUCUUAAUUCUUUAAUUUUCACUUCUUUCAUAUUAAUGAGAAUUGCUCUUCUGAUUAAAAAGAGGCUUUUCUCCUUAGGGUCAGUAGUGGAGAAUGUUUAGAUUCUGCUUUCAACUUCUAGCUGAAGUUCACAUUUCCAAAAGACCUCCCAGAUGUUGCAUAACGACAGACACAGACUGUUAUUUCUUAAACUUACUGGCAAAGGACACUGAAGCUUAGUCAUACGAGCCUUUUGGUACAGGUAGUUUUUGGAGAACUUCUUUUCCAGUACAGACACUAUUGCUGCUCUUUGAAAAUAACUUUUACACAUGCAGAUAAUGCACAAAGCAAUUUUACUUUCAGUUCUUAAAUUUAAGAAACUGCUAUAUGCUAUGAAAAAUAAGCGAUCAUGCCCUUUUUAAAAAGGAUCUGAUCUAUUUCAAAAAGUUGAACUUCCGAACUUCAGUGAAAAAUAAAAGAAACAUAUUUAUCAAGGUUUUAACGUUUUACAAGAAGAUUGCAGCUUUUUAAAGCUGAUUUAAAUGUCUUAAAUCCUAAUUUAAUAAAAAAAUCUGUUUGUUUAUUUGUUAAAUGUUUAUUUGUUUAAGAACAACAAUGGAUGGAUUAAAAUUUAUAUAUGAGAAAUAGCCAUAGUUAGCCUAGUAUAAAAACCUGAUUGUGUCACAGAGAUCGAAUGCACAAUAUUAAGUAGGCAAUUAAGAUAAAAUCUGUGGCAAGUUGGGGUUUUAGAAUCAGCUUGAAAUCCUAUGUAAACAUACUUCCUAAAAAUGGGACUGCUUUUAUUCUGAGGAAUGCUUCUAUGCUUCCUUGUAUAAGCUGUGAUCAGACUUCCUGUAUGGGAAAUGAAAAAUAUUGUGUAAUAUACAAGGGCUUACUUGUAUCUUAGUUGAAGGCAUAGAGCAGUGAACAAAAGUAUUUGCCUGAUUUAUUUUUUCUUAGGAAAACAAAGUACCUUAGGAGAGGCCCUCCUUUCCUUCCUCCCACAUGCUGGUUAAAAUGCCUAGCCUUCCAUUAGGAAGACUUGUGCUUGUUUAGACACAUUAAUAUCCUAAAUUGCUUUGUUGCAAUGGAUCACAGUGUUCAGUACCUUUCACAGGGGACCGUUAUUGGCCUAAUCUCACUCCUGGUGAAAUUGAGGAAGAGGUGGGAGUGUGGUGCCCAGUUAGUUAUUUGUAGUAGAGCCUGAGCUGGUUUCCCACAGUUGAGAGCUAAGGUAGUGCUUGUGGUCUCCCAGUGUAAUUUAAAGAGUAGCUGCUUUGGUGUGAGACUAGGUGAGCAGCUGGUGAAUAUCAGUUUCAGAUGUCAUUUUGCAAUAAAUGUAACUCUUAUGCAGACCAGCAAGUAUUCACAAGUGCUUGCUUAGUGCACACAUCCCAGUGCACUUUGUAUAGUGUUAACACUCUGUGUCAUUUCUUUGACUGUGUUCACACUCCAUUCUGAAACGUUCUGCUUAAAUUCUGGCUUGAAUAUUUGUUUGGUCUCAUCAGUGUGGAUGUGACUUAACCUUAUGCCCAGAGGGUAGGAAAUCACGCCAUACCCACAUCUCACUGCUGGGCUACAGCAGUGUUCUUUACAUCUUAGCCUUUUCCACAUGAAGCUGUCGCACACCAUUUUUAGGGAUGCUACUUGAAACAAUUGCAUGUUGUAGGUGGGUCCUACAAAAGUAUAUAUUUUUUAAAAAGCUUAAUUAAAAAAAACAUAGUAGCAUUCUAGCUCCAAAUAAAGGAAGUAAGAGAAUGUAUUAUUUUAGCAUUGGUUUUCCAAUGGUGGAUAUUCUGAGUGGCUAUUGUGAUUAAGGUGAUUGCAAGUGAAAUUAUUCUAAAGCUGUAUGUAUUUUCUCUUUUUCAUUCUUCUAAAAAGGGUGUAUGAUAGCACAGAUAAUACCUGGUAUUGUACCAAGUCCUAGCUUUCAUUCCUUGAAUGAAUGUUUUCUAAAUAAAUGGACACAGAAAUAAAUGGGUUGGAUAUUGUAUCUAACUGUUUUUGAGAUUAACCUGUUUUCCAGACUUUUACAGAUGGAUUUAAGAGCUGUUUGUUCUGAUCUACAGAGCACAUAAUGAUAAUCAAAAUACUUAGCAGAUAUGGCAUACUUGGAGAGUGAGUUAACCAUACAGGUGAAGCUACAAAGUUAUCUAAUGGCAUUGUUCCAUACAUUUAUUUCAUGGUUGUUACAGGGAACAGAUUUUCUAAUUGGCUUGAGGUGUGAGAAAAGUUUUGAUUUUUUUUUUUUAAUGGCCAAUGGCUGGAGACCAGAGGUGGGGAGGGGAAUCAGUACUGGGUUUCAUCUCUGCUUUUUUGUUUAUAAGUAAGGGUAUUCCAAUGUCUUUGUAGCAUCCUGUUAUCUGUUUGGGUUGUACAAGAGUAGUGCAGUAUUGUGUACUCCUGAUUUAAUGUCUAAAACAAGGAGUCCACAUCUCCCAAGAAUUGUGCAGUGAAAAGUGACCAGGUGGCAUUCUGGGCAUAUGCUAGCAGAGAAUGGCUGCUUCAUUGUCUCCUGGAUGUCAUCCCAGUAGCAGUUUCUCUCACAGAAAACUGUUUUUCUGGGCUACUGUCUCCGCAGUUAUGCCCACCCUCUUUGUAGAUCUGUUUUCUGAAGUAAACAAGCAGUGGAAAGAAGGAGAUGACUGUGCAACAAAGGACAAUUAUUUUUGUUUCUUUAUUUUUAAAUUGCGGUAAUUGUUUAAUGUCUCUUGUCUUUUCAAGAGUUAGAUAAUGGUACAGAUAAGAUUCAAUGGACCGCAAAUAAAUGCCUGUGGGAUUUUAAGCCCAAGCAGGAGGAGGGCAGGAAGGACUGCUUCUAACCAAGGCAAACCUGAAUGAUGGCUUUCAGUCAGACCACUCAUGCUGAGCCCUUUUUCCAUGCUUUAGUGGUUUAGGCCCUUUCACACAAACAAUUACAGAUUUGACUCUGCCAAAAUACCACUGAUAGUCUUGUCUUUUAAUCUGCUGUCCUCAGUGAUAAAACUGGAUUAUAUCUGCUUCACUGUAAUCUAAUUUGCUGAGACAAGAAUGUGGUAAUCCUGAGGACCCAAUUGCUUGACUUGUGAACCACAACUUUUUUAUGGCAGCUCUUGCAGUGAUGACCUAGUACUCGCUGCAAGUGUCUUCCCCCCCCACAAGCAGGUCAUGAACCCACGAUCCAUAUUGAGAAGCUGUUGAAGCCUUAUAUAUUUUGGUUUUCAGGUGCCACAGCAGCUCUUUCAGCUCUUCUGUGAGAAGUGCUCAUCCAGUUUCCUGUCUCUGGAGCCAGUAAUUAGUGGCCACUUUUCCCUCUUUGCUUUUCCUCUCUGUUUUCUUCGGAUCCUUGAUCCUUUCUUAGUUGAUGUGGACAAGAAAAAUGAGAGAUCAGAGAUGAAGACAGUCCCAGAGUGAGAGGACCCCAGCAGUCAACUAUCCAACUUAUCCUGAAGCUGGUAAUGUUUGGGACUAAGGUCUAAGGUAGCGACUGAUUCAACCAGAAGUGCAGUAGUUGCCAACAAAAUAAUGGGAAUGUGAAGAGGUUCAUGCAAUUAGGGGUACUGAACAUACAGAAAAGAUGCAAAUGGACUAAGGAGGAGUUAAACACCCAAAAAUAAGGAGAAAAUGGUUUUUCAUUAUAAUGUUCUAAGCAUUUGGCAUUUGUGACCCCCUGGGUGCAGAGCUUCAUUGCUUAUGAAAGAGGCUGCAGUGGCCCUCUGUGAAAGGCCUGAUUUUGUUGAACUCAAUAGCAGUAUUCCCACCGUGAGCAGCACCAAGCCAGAUAAAACAGGAACAGUAAAUUAAGCUAAAUUCUGAAAAGCUCGACCUGUGUCAAUAGAGCAAACAACCUGGGUUGUGUUAAAGUUGCCUCUUAACAGCUUCAGUCUAUAUUUGGAAAUGUCAUCCCAGUGUCUGAGGUUCUUUCAGGUUUUUUAUGGUCUACAGCUGAUAGAGCCCACUUUCAGGUAACAUUGUUUUCUACUCCAAUUGUUCCUUAUUUGCAAUUAAUAUUUCAUUUUUUCUCUCCAAAGGAUCAGCAACACUCCAGCAUUUUUACUGUUUUCCCACCAAAUUGUAUUAGCAUUUUCCAAUUGUGUGCCAAAUUGAAAUAACAAUUCUAUAAAUAAAUUCUCUAAAAAUA